CUUUCAAUUGUUUGCAGCUCGCAGGCACCAUUUGAGCAGAGAAAGGCGACUCUUCAGCAACCGCGGCGAAAAUCACCGGCGAGAGAUAAUUUUUGCGUGUGAAUGGACGACUUUGUUGAGUUGGAAGUUCUCGGCCGCGGGGCGUUCGGCACAGUAACUUUGUGCCAGCGGAAGAGUGAACAAGAGCGACUGGUGGUGCUAAAGGAAAUUGAAAUACAGGAAACUCCCGAGAUAACCGAGGAGGAGGUCAAGGUCGUCUCGAGUUUCCACCACCCGCUGAUCGUCCGCUUCUUCGGUCGCUUCACUCGCAACAACAACGUUUUCAUCAUAAUGGAGUACAUGCCGGGCGGCACUUUGUGGCAAUACCUGAAAGGUCGCAAGGGCCGACUGCUGGCUGAGGACGAGGUGGUGCGUCUGUUCGCCCAACUCGUGCUCGCCCUGGAGCACAUCCACUCGCGCAAGGUGCUGCACAGGGACGUCAAGUCCAAGAAUAUCCUGCUCUCGGCGGACCACUCGGUGGCCAAAAUCGGCGACUUCGGCAUUUCGAAAAUCCUCGAGACCAACAAGUCGCGCGCCGGCUCCAUUGUUGGCACUCCCGAGUACUUCUCGCCCGAGUUGUGUCGCGGCCAGACCUACGGCAGCAAGAGCGACGUCUGGGCCCUGGGCUGCGUCCUUUACGAACUGAUGACUUUGACCAGGCCCUUCCAGGCGUCGUCGGUGCCUGCCCUGGCGGUCAAGAUUCUCAGCGGCGACGUGCGGCCGCCAGACGAAACGUAUUCCAAAAUACUGCGGCAACUGCUCAAGGACAUGAUGCACCCUGAACCUUCGGAAAGGGCCGGGGUUCGAGCCUGUGCCGCCUGCCCUCUCGUUGCUGUUGAAAUUGUUAAACUGGCUUGCUCAUUAGGCAGUGCUGGAGUUUAAUAUAAAUUUGCUUCGGGUUUCUUAUUUUUAUUACAUCUGAUGUUUUUUGUUUCGUAAAUUAUUGUUAAAGUAUUUUUAUCAAUUAAAAAAAUUUUGUACAAUUAUUUUUAACUUAAUUCUAAAAGGACACACAAAAAUUUAUUUCAAAUCAGACAAUAUGUCGCUAAAUUUUUGAUUUGUUGUUAAUUACACUGCAUUUGUGUCUGAAAAGCAAAUAAGAAAGGGCAUAGAUAGUAUAUGAUAUGUUAGAAUUUUAUAAAAGUAAAUUAAAAAGAAAAA